AUGGCGGACAUCCUGGGCCGCCUGCUGCCCCGCCGCCGCGCGCUCAUGGUCACGUCCCCAGCCACGCUGCUCGCGGCCUCGGUCGCGCUGCUGGCCGUGGGCGCCGCCUUCUUCGUCUACCUGCAGGCGCCCUCGUCACUGCUGUAUGACCCGGUGUCGAUCGCGCUGGUGGUGGUGCUCUGGGCCUGCGGCGGCUACAUUCACACCAUCUCCUACAUCCUGGCGCCCGGCCUCGUGCACCCCAGGCGCUGCACCAAGGCGUCGGCCCUCAUGGCGCUCACCUACCAGACGGCCCACAUCAUAGGCCUGGUGGCCGCCACGGGCAUCGCGCUCGUCAUGUAUGGGGACAUCGCGGGGGACCUCUAA